GCGGCUUGCCGUGCUUCGCGCAGCUUCGCUCGCUGUCAUUGCUAUCAUCCAACAGCAACGACGGCUGGCCCGCUCAUCAUCUUCAUCUUCAUCUUCAUCAUUGCAAUGUGCUGCUAGCAUCGCCUACGAAAGUGCGGCCGACUUGACACCUCAGCUGUUCUCGAUUCCAUUCAGCACGCGUACGCAGCUAAAUCGAUUCUCAAGUCGCAAUGACGCCAGCACAGCUUGGCUUCAGCCAAUCGCUCCCCACUUCUGCGAGUUCUUUCGCAUUGAAUGGCAGCCAUCUUCACAAGCGGCGGCGCUCAAGGGCAACUUGUAGACGAGCGUCAGCGCAAUCAGCCGUAUCGCAGCCACACGCAGCGGCAGGAACGGGCAAUGACAGCGAUUCCGAUGACGACGAGGAGCCUAUCGAGCAGGGAUCGUCGUCCUCUGAAACAAUUGGUGGUCACCCACGCAAACGUCCUCACCUUGACUCGAGUGACGUUGGCCGCUUUGCAAGCAUGUCCAUCGCGCCGAUGAUGCUUGACCUAGACGGCAGCAAGGAUCCGGCGGACGAUCACGAUGCUGCGCCGCCCACUACACCCUGCCUUCCCGACUCGAGCUCGUCGUGGGGUGCUCCGCCAACCACACCGACGACUGCAACCGCACCUGCCGGUUCUACGUGGGAAAUUGACCGCUACCGCACUUACGUGGCCAGCCUCGACGACGACGAUGAGGAUGCAAACGCGUACGUUCCUCCACAGCCCUCGAGCCCUCCACGCCGAGGGUCAAAGGCUACAAUUCCCAUCACUCGUCAGGAAGCGGAAGAGGUCGAACGCUUCAAAGCUGCCAAAGAUCCGGUAGCGAUGCAAGAGGGCGAGGGAGCGGAGCCUUGCUUGGAGGUGAACCCGGAGCUACUCGCCAAGCUCGAAGCACACUCCCAGGCGCUGCUCGUGGGUGGGGACAUGAGUCGUCGUCGCGGCGUGCCAGACAGAGAUACUGCUCAGGGAAGUGAAGGCGCUCUGGUACUCUGGAAGAGCCCGGAACAAUUGAUGCAGCAGAGAGCAGAGUCGCGAGGUCACAUCGCCUCGACGCCCAACGCUUCGUCCAACUCUUCAUCUGCGACGGCGACACCCCUCUCGACAGGCCACUCGACGCCAACAGCAGCAGGCAGUCACAAUCACCAAUCCCUUUUCGCCUUCGGUACCGCGUCGCCAGACGUGCCCUUCUCGCCCAUCUUCACAGGAGCGGCUGCCGCUCUCCCCCCGAGCAACGAAGAGAUGGAGAUGGACUACGAGUAGCGGUCGUGCUCCAGUUGUUUUGUUCACGGAAGAGCCAAUCUUUGUUUCCUUUGUCAACCUGUACCAUAUGCAUUCAGCCUCAUCUCGAAUCGUCAUGACGUGCCAUCGUAGCCUCUCUCAUCCCUGCAUGGCUCGUGCGCGGGUCACA